GUUGUGGAUGUUGUGCGUUUUUACGGACACGCGCAGUGAACCCGUCUUCACCGUGACCACAGUGAGGGUUAAUGUCCCUGAGUCCGUCCCUGAGUCCGUCCCUGAGCUGAAUGAGAUGCAGCCAAUGAGCGCCGCUCUGCGUCUCCGGUAUAAAGCACCGGGCGCAGCGCCUCCGCUUCAGUUUCGCCCUGAACUCCGGCGCACAUCGCUCGCGGUGCCGGUGCAUUGCCCAUGCCUCUACCUCUACCUCUGCCUCUGCCUCAGCAGCAUGCAGUCCUCGCUGUUCGCCGUGGGUCACAGCUUCGGGCUCCCGACGCCCGUGUCCUCCGUGUGGAAGCCGUCCGCGGACGCGCCGCUCGCGCUGCUGCUCUCCAACUGGUCCGCGCCCGACAGAGCCAACGGCACCGCGGACGCGCUGGAACACCGGCGGCGCGCGCAGUCCUACGGCCAGUUCUCCCAGAGCGCCGCGGUGCUCGUGACCGCGCUCAUGACGCUCCUGGUGUUCGCCACCGUGCUCGGGAACGCGCUCGUCAUCCUGGCGUUCGUGGUGGAGAAAAGUUUGCGCACCCAAGGCAACUUUUUCUUCCUCAAUCUGGCCAUAGCGGACUUUCUGGUCGGUGGGUUCUGUAUCCCGGUGUAUAUUCCCUACGUGCUGACGGGGGAGUGGAGGCUGGGCAGAGGUCUGUGUAAGCUGUGGCUGGUGGUGGACUACAUGCUGUGUACGGCGUCGGUCUUCAACAUCGUGCUCAUCAGCUUCGACAGGUUCCUCUCCGUCACUAGAGCUGUGAGCUACCGCUGCCAGAAGGGCGUGACCCGUGAGGCCGUGCUGAAGAUGCUGUGCGUCUGGUUGGCUGCUUUCCUGCUCUACGGGCCGGCCAUCAUCAGCUGGGAGCACAUCGCCGGGAAGAGCGUGGUUCCUCACGGCGAGUGCUACGCCGAGUUCUACUUCAACUGGUACUUCCUGAUGACCGCCUCCACUGUCGAGUUCUUCACACCUUUUAUAAGCGUCACCUACUUCAACCUCAGCAUCUACAUCAACAUCCGAAACCGCUGUGUGCUCAGAGAAGAGCGCUCUACCUGCGCGCACCUCAGGAACGAGAGAACCGGAGAAGCCAAGCCGUUCUGCGCGGCUGACGUCCAGCGAGUGUUUUUCGUGAGGCCGGCUGAAGAGAGCAGCAUUGUCGAGAACUCAAACUCAAGGUCUCGGUGUUGUCGGUUGUCCAACGCUACAGUAUCAGGAACCGAUUCCGAAAACGCCGGGCGGACAACGAAGAGGAGAAUGAGUGCGAUUCAGGAUCUUCCACCUCUGCAGGUUGGGGACAUGGUGAACGAGACGGGUUUCAACUGCGCUGGACAUUCGUGCCUGUCCCAAAGAAACCGAGCGGACGUUUCAUCAAGUCUCGCCAGCCGCUUUCGCCUCUCCAGGGACAAAAAGGUGGCCAAGUCUCUGGCUGUGAUCGUGUGUGUGUUCGGCCUGUGCUGGGCUCCGUACACACUCCUGAUGAUCAUCCGAGCUGCCUGUCACGGCCAGUGCGUUCAGCACUACCUGUACGAGAUCUCCUUCUGGCUUCUGUGGAUUAAUUCGUCCAUCAAUCCCGUGCUUUAUCCGCUCUGCCACACCAGCUUCAGGAGGGCUUUCAGUAAACUGUUGUGUCCGAGUAAAAUAAAGAUCCAGCCGCAGUACAUGGACCAAAAAUACUAACAAACGCAGGACUGAGAUGUGUGAGGUGUUCAUUUGUGCAGAUGAUGUUCGUGUCAGGAUGUAUUAGUAAUCUCUAUCCGUAUUGGAUUGGUGUAAAAACUGUAGUACUGCUUGAAGUAAACCCACUUCUGUGUAUCCAUCAUGUUGUUUCGAGGUUCUUGGGUGAGCAGGAGAAGCUCCAAUGUGGUGCAACUGUGUAAAGUUUCAACUUAAGCAGUACUACAGGCAUCCGGAGUCAGUGGUCGAUGUUACAACUGGAGGACAUACAGCUUGUGUAACGUCACAGGAGAGCUCAACACGCUCGGAGGAGAGCACUAACAAUCCUACAGUCUAGAUUAGGGAAGAAAAUGGGAAAAGACCCCAAAAAGAAAACAAUACUGAAAAUGUAACCCUUUAGACUGUCUGAAGUUACAGACGAGUGCAUGUUUCUCUGGUGCAAAAAGUUUUUUUUACUGUAUUUUGUAAUGGAAAACAAAGAAGAAAAAGAUAAACAUUACAACUGAGAGGAUUUUCGAGCUGCUCAUGAGUAAAUGAAAAAGAAACAGAGAUAAACAUUUGUGUAUCAUUUAGAUUCACCCCAAUAUUAAUAUCCUAUUAUUAUCUUAGCAUUUGACCAUUUUUGUUACUUGUGAUAAAGAAAGAACAUCUGUGGAAGCAAAACUUAUUAAAUGUCGUGUUUAUUUUGUCUUAAAGAUGCCAGUUUUUCACUUGACUGUAGUUUGUUCUUUUGUAUUUUUUGAAUGUCGCUGCAUCCUGCAGAUUUGUCAAAUGAAAAUGAAAGGAAAUGUAUUUCUCUCCCCUGACUGAUUAAAGAAUGAA